AUGGCUUUAUUGGAGAGCCCUGGGAUUUCCACCUUGCCAUCGAACCCAAAGAUCGAUUCGAAGAUUGAAUCGAUUAAAGGACCAUCGGGCCUGAAUGGGCUAAACCCGACGGUUACGAUUAAAGAUGAUCUCGACUCAGAACAUUCAGCGACAGCCGAGUUCAAAUUAGAGGAGCAUCCCAUCGAUAAAUUGCGACCCGUGAAGGUGGGGAUUGUCGGAGCAGGCCUUACUGGAAUCACUGCUGGCGUGCUUUUGCCGGAAAAGCUGCCAGGACUUGAUCUGCGUAUCUACGACAAAAAUGCCGAUGUGGGAGGCACAUGGUUUGAGAACACCUAUCCCGGUGUCCGAUGCGAUAUACCCGCCCACGCCUACCAAUCCGGCUUCGCGCCAAAUACGGAGUGGUCAGAAGAGUUUGCCCAAGGUGCCGAAAUCAGAGAUUACUGGCAGGGAGUUGCACGCAAGUAUAAUGUGUACCAGUAUAUUCGAGCCCAGCAACAAGUACAAAGGGCAGAAUGGCUGGAAGAGGAAGGGAAAUGGAAGGUCACCAUUGCACAUACUGAUGGCUCAGAAAAGGUAUAUGAAGAAAAGUUAGACAUCCUCAUCAACGCGAUAGGCCACUUCAAUGCCUGGAAGCUUCCUGAUUAUGAGGGUAUCAAAGACUAUAGAGGAGUUUUGUUCCACGCCUCCAAUUGGGAUCAUUCUGUCGACUUAAAAGAUAAACGAAUCGCCUUGAUUGGAAAUGGUGCUUCUGGAUUGCAAGUUCUUCCGUCAAUCCAGCCGCUCGCAAAUCAUGUCGACCACUACGCACGCAAUCCCACAUGGAUUGCCGACUCAUUCAGUAGUGGAAACGCAGGGGUCCGUCGAUUGGAGCCAAACAUCAUCCCAGAAUCUCUACGGGAAACAUUCAAAGACCCCCAAGUUUAUCUGGAGUACCGUACCGGUGUCGAGAAGGGAUUUUUCCAACGAUUUGGUGCCAUCUUCAAAGAUACUCCCGAAAAUCGAGAACUUCGAGAGAAAUGGACGGAAAUCAUGUUGCAACGAGUCUCCCAGAAACCAGAGCUAGGCGAGCAAAUUCUUCCAGAUUUCCCGCCAAAUUGUCGUCGUCCUACUCCCGGACCAGGAUACCUGGAAGCCCUCACAAAAGAAAACGUCAGUUAUAUCCGCCCGCGGAUUCAACGUUUCACGGAGACUGGAAUAGUCACUGAGGAUGGAGUCGAGAGACCUGCUGAUAUUACCAUCUGCGCGACAGGUGCGAAUGUCGAUCAUGCGCCCCCGUUUUCCAUAAUUGCCAAUGGAAUUGAUCUGAAAUAUGCAUGGAAGCACGAUGGUCAGUUCGGGUUUCCAUACUCUUAUCUUGGAUUUGCAACUCCAGGAUUCCCCAAUCUGCUCUGGAUUGGCGGGCCGUACGCCUCAGGACACAGUGGAACUGUGCCGAACAGUAUGGAGAACCAGAUCACUUAUGUCGCGAAGGUGAUACGGAAGAUUCGUAGCCAGGGAAUCAAAUCCAUUGUUCCGUCGAAACAGGCGACUGAUGACUUUGUCGAGUACUGCGACCAGUUUUAUCCGCGCACUGUUUGGUCGGAGAACUGCAGCUCUUGGUAUAAUGGUGGUCAACCUGGUGGUCGCAUUCAUGGAUUGUUCCCUGGAAGUGCUUCUCAUGCGAACUACAUCCGUCGGGAUCCUCGUUGGGAGGAUUGGGAGUACACAUACGUUAACCAGAGUGGGAAUCGGUUUGCUUAUUUCGGAAAUGGUUGGACUUCGAGGGAGUUGGAUCCUAGUGCCAACUUGACACCGCAUUUGAAAAUCCCCGAGGAGAUUGAUUUAAAGACCCACCUAGAAGGUUGGUGGGAUGUGUAA